AUAGGCACACAACCAAUGGGAGAAAGUGUGCGACAUACACAGAGCAACAUCCAUACGAAACGCAUUAAAAAGGAUGGGCAGUGGAUUAGCAAUGCAGUGCUGACUGUUGGCUUGGCCUUCAAAGGUCAGAGCGGGGCUCCCGGUGGCUUGGCUGUGAUCUCGGUUUUCGGCGUUUCCACAGAGACAAGACAACACUCGGCAGAGAGCAGCCGAGUUGCAAGAAAGAUGACGUCGCCGUCGCCCACUCACAGCGACAGCAGCAGCUCCUCCAAACACGACAGCCACCAGGACAGCUGGGAGAUUGUGGAGGGCCUGCGCGGGGUUCCUGCCAGCAUGCAGGAGCCGGACAAACAUGAGGGUUUUCUGCUCAAGAGGAGGAAGUGGCCGAUGAAAGGAUGGCACAAGAGAUACUUCGUUUUGGACAAAGGCAUCUUGAAGUAUGCAAAGCGGGGAAAUGAUUUGCAGAAAGGAAAGAUCCAUGGCUGCAUAGAUGUUGGCCUCUCCGUCAUGUCAAUCAAAAAGAAAGCCAUGUGCAUCGACCUGGACACGGAGGACAACAUUUAUCACCUUAAGGUGAAGUCUCCGGAGCUGUUUGAGGAGUGGGUGUCGAAGCUGCGUCACCACCGAGUGUUUCGGCAGCAUGAAAUUUCUACAUAUCCUCAUGAGAGGCACCUCUUCCACCCUCACGCCUCACCCUCCCUCAGUGAUUCACUUAGAAAACGGUCCACGCUCACCAAGCAGGCUUCGGUCCACCAGGCCAUGGUCAGCUCCUGGCUCCACUCAUCAGAUGACAUGAACAAGUGCUGCAAAGAGUUGGAGGAAUGUGAAUCUUAUCUGCUGGAGCUCAACCUGCUGCUUAAGAGCAUGGAGGUCGUGCACCGCACAUACUCGGCUCCGGCCAUCAGCGGACUGCCAGCAUCAACAUAUGAUAUCCCCAAAAAAGAGAAGCGACCACGGAGAUGGCGAUCCAAAAAUAAUGGCAAAGAAGCCAAACCCACACUACAAGUCCCAAGCUGCAUCUCCUCCCAGUCUCCUCGCCUUCAUGCCUCCAAUCCCAACCUAUCCACCACAGUCUCCCAGGAGCCCGGUCCCGUAUCCCCAGAUUCACCCACAGACGUGUCUCGUCUGCAGGAAGACUUCUACCGACUGGCUAACAACAUCCACGUUACUCUGAAAUCAGCAUAUAGCUCCAUGGUAGUAGAAAGAGACAGGCUUAAGCACACCAUCGACCUGCAGGCCCCCCAGCCGGCUCAAGUCAUGGGUUUGAAGGCUGGCUACUCCUCGGUGAGAGACACUAAAUCAAAACUCCUGGCGCUGAAUGACGCCAUCCUGCAUCUGUCUAAUUUUCUCUCAACCCAUGUCUUUAAUCAGGAUUGUGCAGAUGCGCCCCACUCGCUGGUCCACCAGGUCUCCAAUGAGAGCAAAGCAUCUAUUCCAGAGUCUAUUUCAGAGUUCUUUGAUGCUCAGGAGUACCUCAUCUCGUCUUCUUCAUCUGAGAAUGAGGUGUCUGACGAUGACUCUUACGUCAGUGAUGUCAGUGACAGCGUCUCCAUGGACACCUACGAUGGAGGCAGCGAGAGACACAACUCUGUUAGCAGUGUAGUGACCCUGGCCCGCCGGCGCCCCACGCUGCCGUCCACCUGCCCCACCAGCAGCGUGAGCCUGUGGAACAUCCUGAAAAACAACAUCGGCAAGGACCUGUCCAAGGUGGCCAUGCCUGUGCAGCUCAACGAGCCCCUCAACACCCUGCAGCGGCUGUGCGAGGAGCUGGAGUACAGCGACCUGCUGGAUACCGCAAACCAGACCGAGGACCCCUACCAGCGCAUGGUUUAUGUUGCUACGUUUGCAAUAUCCGCCUAUGCAUCCAGCUAUUAUCGAGCAGGAAGUAAGCCGUUCAACCCUCUGCUGGGAGAGACGUUCGAGUGUGACAGACCUGAUAAGGGCUUCAGGUUUAUUGCCGAGCAGGUGAGUCAUCACCCGCCUGUGUCAGCAUGUCACUCCGAUUCAAGGAACUUCAGCUUUUGGCAAGAUGUGCGAUGGAAGAAUAAAUUCUGGGGGAAAUCCAUGGAAAUAGUUCCCAUGGGAACCACACAUGUCACACUACCUGCCUUUGGGGACCACUAUGAAUGGAACAAAGUGACAUCCUGCAUCCAUAACAUCCUGAGUGGUCAACGCUGGAUUGAACACUAUGGAGAGAUGGCUAUCAAAAAUGUAAACAGUAACGGCUGUCAGUGCAAAGUGACAUUUAUCAAGGCAAGAUCAUGGAGCUCUGCGGUAAAUGAAAUAGAGGGUGUGAUUACGGAUUCAAAAGGGAAAGUGGUGCAUUCCCUCUUUGGCAAAUGGCACGAGUCGGUAUUUCAAGGAGACCCACCGUCUGCCACAUGUAUCUGGAGAGCGAAUCCCAUGCCGGUGAACCAAGACCAGUACUACGGUUUCACCCAGUUUGCAGUGGAGCUAAAUGAGCUGGACUCCAACUUAAAACCGCUGCUGCCCCCCACAGACACGCGCUUCCGGCUGGACCAGAGGCUACUGGAGGAGGGGAAUGUGGACGGAGCGGAGGAGCAGAAACAGAGGAUUGAACAGCUCCAGAGGGAGAGGAGGAAAGUGCUGCAGGACAAUAACAUGACACAUCAGCCGCGCUUUUUCAUAAAGUCAAAGGACGACACUUGGGUGAGCAACAACACAUACUGGGAGACGCGCAGAGACCCCGGGUUCAGCAGAAUGGACUUCCCGGUGUUGUGGUGAUCUCUGGAUUUGAGCGAACCCCCCAAUCCCACCUCUCGGAGAGAGGGAAGUGUAAAAGAGAACUGAGACCAGCAUCCAGGAAUCUGGGGCUGGUCAACCUCGGUGUCACAGUAACACCAAUCCAGACUGACCAUCUGCUUCCUCUUUCUGGACCGGUGUGAGCAGAGCCUGUAGAACAUCAAGUAUUGUGUAUUUUAGCUGUGUGUACAUUUUCUUUUUCAUUUAUUACUGUAAUUUACACAGUGCAAGUUUAGAUUAAAGAUGCAAAUCAAUGUUGGUUUGGUGCAUCUCAGCAUUUACCAAAGUGCCUUUUACCGAAGCGCUGCUCUUAAUAAACUGCUGAGGUAGUUAUGCAAAAACACUUUAAGUCAGAAAACUGGAUGAUGUCAGCAUGAUACUUUACUAGAGAGAGAAGGAACAGAAACUGCACAGAAAAUCUCAACCCGGUCAUCUCUUGCUGCAUCGUCACCUUUUGAAUAAUUCUGCAACACAGAGAUGGCUCCAAUUAUUAGAAAGAAAAGAAGUCGAGCCUCUUUUGGUUAGAUGCCUUGUUAUAAUCAGUCAGGACUAUCAUAGGACUGUGGCUACAGUUUUUUAUUGAAAAAAAACUGCAAUAAUGCUCCUUGUUGAAAAUAAUAAAAUGUACAGUGAGUGGAGGAAUGAAA